GGAAGCGGCGCGCCGUGCCGUGCCGUGCCGUGCCGUGCCGUCGGCCGCCAUGAGCCGGUUCGGGGGUCGCGUGCGCGAGUACCCGGCCGUGUCCAUCGACCGCUUCGAUCGCGACAACCUGCGCGCGCGCGCCUACUUCCUCUCACACUGCCACAAGGAUCACAUGAAGGGGCUGCGGGCGCCUGCCCUGAAGCGGAGGCUGGAGGGCAGCUUGAAAGUUAAAUUAUACUGCUCACCAGUAACAAAGGAACUGCUGCUGACUAGCUGGAAAUACAAGUUUUGGGAGAAUCACAUUGUUGCAUUGGAAGUUGAAACUCCGACUCAGAUUUCUUUAGUAGAUGAAACAUCUGGUGAGAAAGAAGAUAUAGAGGUGACGCUUCUACCAGCUGGUCACUGUCCAGGAUCAGUCAUGUUUUUGUUUGAAGGUGAAAGCGGCACUGUGCUCUAUACAGGGGAUUUCAGGCUUGCAAAAGGAGAAGCAGCCAGAAUGGAGCUUUUGCAUUCAGGGACCAGAGUAAAAGACAUCCAGAGUGUGUAUCUGGACACCACUUUUUGCGAUCCUAAAUUUUAUCAUAUACCAAGCCGGGAGGAAUGUUUAAAUGGGAUCUUGGAGUUAGUGCGCAGCUGGACCUCGCUGAGUCGCUAUCAUGUUGUGUGGCUGAAUUGCAAAGCUGCUUACGGAUAUGAAUAUUUAUUCAUAAACCUCAGUGAGGAACUUGGAAUCAAGGUGCAUGUGAACAAACUUGAUAUGUUCAGAAACAUGCCAGAAAUCCUCUACCAUGUUACUACCGAUCGACACACGCAAAUUCACGCCUGUCGACAUCCUCGGGAUGAUGACUGCUUUCGGGGAAACAGGCUGCCCUGUGGGGUGACUUGCCAAAAUGGAACUCCCUUGCACAUAAUCAGCAUCAAACCUUCCACUAUGUGGUUUGGAGAAAGGAUCAAGAAAACCAAUGUAAUAGUGAGGACUGGGGAGAGUACAUACAGAGCUUGCUUCUCUUUCCACUCUUCAUACAGCGAGAUUAAGGAUUUCCUGAGCUAUAUCCGUCCUGUGAAUGUGUAUCCCAAUGUACUGCCAGUGGGUGGGACAGAAGACAAAGUUCUGGAAAUAUUAAAGCCAUUAUGCAGGUCAUACAGGAGAAACAUGGAACCCAGGUACAAGCCCUUAGGAACACUGAAGAGAGCCCACAAGAGAGACUCAUCUGAUACAGAUGAAGAUGAUCUCUUUGAUACAGAAUUAACUUCUGCAAGGCCUAAGAUUCCAAAACAGCAGAGAGAAGAGAGCAGGCACUGCAGCACAGGACAAUCUCAAAGUGCCGAAGGGAAGAUUAAGGAGAGCACAGAAAGUUACAAAGCGACCACAACUUACACCUCCCUUGAGGUAGACUUCGUGGACUGUGAGGAAUCAAAUGAUGAUGAUGAAGAUGACGAAGAAGAAGAAGCUGAAAAAAAUACAGUUCAAGUUCUUUCCCAUGAGCCAGAUGCCACUUCCACAUCAAAUUUCAAUGGAGUAACUAGUGACCAGCAGGAGUCUAAUGCCGAUGUCCCUCGCUGGGAUGCAUUUUUCAAGUGCAACAAACUGGAAGAAAGCUCUGAAAAUGAGGACAACGUCCCAUCUUCAGCAGAUGCCGGGGGAUCCCAGUCACUCUUCAGUGAUUCGGAUGGAGUAAGCGACUCAACACACAUCUCCUCCCAAAAUUCUUCUCAGUCGACGCACAUAUCGGAGCAGGGGAGCCAGGGCUGGGACAGCCAAACAGACACAGUACUCAUUACCUCCCAGGAGAGAAACGCCUUGGACUUAAGCAGCUUCGGCAAAGGUGGGAGCAGAGCAGGUGUUCCUGUAUUGCAGGAGACUGGCAAAGACAGUCAACCUGACAGCAGCAGGUGGAAGCCACUGGGUCAGAACAGAUCUUGUGCCUACGAUGUUGGCUGUGACUUGGAAAGCAAAGACUGUGAGAAAGCUGCAGAAGCUGGCACUGCUCACGUUCAAGAUGUGCUGGUGGAAACAGGCGACAACUCCAGGACUCCUGAUCUAGAACUGAGGAGGGACUCCCAGAGCUCCUCCGACUUCGAAAUUCCCUUGACUCCUGACGCUGAAGUGCCUCAGCCAGAUAAACUGCACUAUUUGUAUAAGAAGCUAGCAGCAGGUGAAAAUAUACUCAAUGAGAAAAAAGUCUCCUGAAAACAGGAAUAACAAAUACCAAAAUUUGUUUAUUAAACCCCAAAUUAGUUUGCUCUUUAGUGCUGAUUGCUAUCUGCAUCUAUGCUAAUUGAUGCUUUUUUCAGAAACAACUUACUGUCAUGAACAGGCAUUUGCAGCCUGUGUAACGUUAUUGUUCCUUCCAUGAAAUACUAAAAGGGAAGUAUUCCUAGGAGGGACUGUAAAAGCCUUCUGCCUCCCCAGGCUCAGUUCUCCAGGCCUGUAAAUAGACAAAAAAUGGACCAAACAAAACUAAGGGUAGAAACACUAAAUUUCUUUUAGUGUUUAUCAUGAGCUCUAAGAGUUUGCCUUUGAUAUAGAUGUGAUCUCAGGUUUUAACAAAGUAAUACAUUUUUAACUGUGUGGAGGAACAAGACAUCUUCUAGGAAAAACCAUGCGAACAAUGCAAUAAUUUCACUGCGACUUUAAUCCUGAGUUUUCACUGCAGUGUUUUUUAAAAACAACUGCCGAACAGACUAGAGAAAUACUACCCAGCAGAAAAGGCCCUGGGGGUGCUGGUGGACGGCCAGCUUAACAUGAGCCAGCAGUGUGCCCAGGUGUCCAAGGCGGCCAACAGCAUUCUGGCUCGUAUCAGGAAUAGCGUGGCCAGCAGGAGCAGGGAAGUGAUGGUGCCUCUGUACUCGGCACUGGUGAGGCCUCACCUCGAGUGCUGUGUUCAGUUCUGGGCCCCUCUGUACAAGAGGGACAUGGAAGUGCUGGAGCGUGUCCAGAGGAGAGCUACCAGGCUGGUGAGGGGUUUGGAGACCAGGUCAUAUGAGGAGAGGCUGAGGGAGCUGGGCAUGUUUAGCUUGGAGAAGAGGAGGCUGAGGGGAGACCUCAUUGCCCU